UUUUCAUGUUACAACUGGGAAACUGAGGUUCCCUGGUGACUGAAUGGACGGUGAGGCUAGCACCACUGAUAUAAAUAAAGAGGAACUUCUGCUUUAUUUGGAAGGUUUCCCUGCUUGGGACUCUGUCCUUGCAGAAAAGAGAAACACCGAAGAACAACAAAAGAAGGGCACAACGAUGUUUGACGGUAUGCCAUCUGCUAGACCUCAGUGUCCAUGUCAAGGAUCCCAAGUGAAGGUGCCCACAGGGACUACUGAGGAGCUGGUGACUUUCAAGGAUGUGGCUGUGGACUUCAGUCCGGAGGAAUUAACCUACCUUAGUGCUGCUCAGAGGAAACUCUACCAGGGAGUGAUGCUGGAAAAUUAUAGGAACCUGGUCUCCCUAGGGUACCAGUUCCCUAAACCUGACAUUAUCUCAGGGCUGGAAGCGGAGGAGUCACAUGCAGUGGAGGAAGACAGCAGUACAAUGAUACGUCAAGAUUGGGAGAAAAAACCUGAAACCAAAGAUCUAACUCCAGAGCAAAGCCUGCCUAUAGAAAAAUCAUCCUCAGGGGCAGGAAGACAGGAUUUGGAGGUAGGUAACUUCUGGUGUGUCUAUGUCGGAGAGUCUUCUCCUGAUGAUCCAUUGGGUUUGCACCAGGUCAACCAGGAGAAACUUUUGAGUCCAGUAAAAAUGAAUGACCCCAAGACCCUUGCUCAGGAAAGAAGCCAUGAUAGCGAUCGAUUUGAGAGACGCUUAGAUCUUACUAAACAGUCAGAGGGUCUUCUAGGGAAGGAUCCCCAGGAACGCACUCCUCAUGGAACUUGCACCGGUCCCCAGCCGGUAGACGGCAGGCCUUUUGUCCAAGAGAACAAACACAACAGAUGUGAAUUUUGUGAAAGAAGCUUUAGUACCCAGUUGGCCCGUGAGAGACACGAGCAGAUCCAUACAGGGAAGAAACCCUUUGAAUGCAAACAGUGUGGAGAAACCUUCUACCUCAUGCCACACCUCACCAGACAUCAGAAGACUCAUUCACGUGAGAAGUCCCCUGGAUGCAAUGAAGGUGGAAAGUCUUUGACUCAGCAUGCACAUAUCAACGGCUGCGUAAGAAUGCAUAGUCAGGAGGACUACUAUGAAUGUUUCCAGUGUGGCAAAGCUUUUAUCCAGGAUGUGCAUCUUUUUCAACAUCUCCAAGCCCAUGAGGCAGCAAAAGCCCGGCCACCCGCGUUGCCCCGAAACAAGACAUAUUUAAUUCGGUAUCAGCGGAAACAUGACCAUGUCGGAGAGAGAGCCUGUCAGUGUUGUGACUGUGGCAGAGUCUUCAUUCGGACUUCACAUCUCCUUCAGCACUACAGGGUUCAUGCUCAAGAGAGGCCUUACCAGUGUCGGCUGUGUGGGAAGUGUUUCAGCUUACCCUCCUACCUCACUCAACAUUAUCAACUCCAUUCUCAAUAAGAGAAACGCGGUUGAGCGCAGUUACUGUUGAAAAACCUUGACUCAGAACAUUCUCAACACUUUUGACUUUCCCCUGGAGAGAGACCCUUUGAGUGCUCUGAAUAUGAGAAGGUCUUCAACCAGCCCUCACACCUUGUUAACAACUUGAAAAUUCAUCUUGGUGUGGCCGGAAAACAGAGAAUGGUUGCAAGGGGUUAGAACAAUCUUUGCAAAGGGAGAGUUGGCACGUGUGUCAGUCAACCAGGCAAAAAACCUUACAAAGAAUAUUUUUGUUGCAUAGGAAAGAAGCUAAUAGAUUUUGCCCUUCGGUGUUAUCCAUAGAAUGGAGAACCUUGAUUUUGACAUCCUGACAGAAAACUUGUGACUGGUAGUUGGGCUCCAGACAUGAACACUGUUGCCUAAUUUUCUACAGAAGUGUUUACAUACAGUAUCUUUACCACGUGGGACGAGUCAGCAGAGGGCAUGGUAAAAAGAUUUUUGAGGUGCACCUAUGUUGAUUCAUCCACAAAGCUGAAGUAAUUGGUAAUAGGUUUACACGGUACUUGUUGAUUUACAAAACAUUGCCAAAUGUAUUAUUUGAUCUUUUAAGGAAUGCUGCAUUGUACCUAGUAUGAGGAUAUUUAUUUCAUUUUUACAGGUAUAGCAAACUCGAAACUCCAAGUUGUCAUUUGAUUUGACUUGGGUUGUAGGUGAUGGGGCAAGAACUGAACCCCAGUGUGGUUUGGUUAGGUUUGGCUUUUGAGAUUCCAUGAGAUAUUUAUUUUAUAUCUUGAUGCUCAACCCAGGUUUGUUUUAUUCCUGCUAUAUCCCCUCUGAAGAAAAGGUACAGUACUAUACUGACUGCAGCUGUCUUCCUUUUUAGUAAUCCCAACAUUAUUUCACAUUAAAUCAGAUGGGGACACUUUUGUAGUAUAAGGGGUUCAGAAAGCUUUUUUUUUUUUUUUUGACAGUACACGGGCCUCUCACUGUUGUGGCCUCUCCCGUUGCGGAGCACAGGCUCCGGACGUGCAGGCUCAGCGGCCAUGGCUCACGGGCCUAGCCGCUCUGUGGCAUGUGGGAUCUUCCCGGAUCAGGGCACGAACCCAUGUCCCCUACAUCAGUAGGUGGACUCUCAACCACAGUGCCACCAGGGAAGCCCCCAGAAAGCUUUUUUAAGAUGAAGUUCUGAUAGCCAUUUCUCUUACAAUUUAGGAUUAGAUGAAUUUUUGAGACACUGAUCAAGGAAGGAUAUUUUUGCUAACCACUUUCUUAUAAUUGGUCUUGGAUAUCGUAAAUCUGCUACUAAUUAAGUAGAAUUUUUGUAGUUUUCUGUAGUUGUUUGAAGGUUUGGGGUUUUGUAUUUUUCUUUUUUUCCCCUCUCCUUCCUUUUAAAAAAUCCUGUUUGAAAACAGUAUUUCUGCUUUUCUUGGGCACUGGCAUCAUCAGCACGACCAGCUUCACCUAAAAUCCGAAUUCUUUUCUGGGCAUACUUCACUCUUGAAAAGUAUGAGCCCUGAAUUGCACUAAAAAUUUCUUUUAUACCAUAUUGCUAUAAUGUAAAAGUUUUCCAUCACUGACUUGGAUGGUGGUCAGAUACAAAGACACAUGAGAACCAGUUGGACCUGGUGUCUCAGAACUUGACUCCUUGCCUGGAAGGAUGGGUUGCUGCUAUUGUUAUUUACUGCCCUGCUUUUUCUCAUCCUGCCAUUUUUGAGGUUGAUCUGUGAUGUGUGACUCCAAAAUCAUGAAAGUAAAAACAAACAUGAACCUACACCAGCCAAAUGAGUGUGAGCUACACAGCCCCUUUUCUUCAUUUCCCAGGUUCUUGAUGAAACAGUCCUCACUGGCUGGUCCUAUUUUCUCACUACAGUCCACCCUCCAACCCACUAUAAAUUGGUUUCCGAUUCUGCCACCACUACUGCAAAGGGACAUAAUGUCAAUAUGUCUUAUUGUUGAUGAUGUUAAUUAACCUUUAUUUGUUUCUUUUUGUAAUUAAUAAAUAUCUUGCAGGAGAAA